AUGAUUCAGACUUUACAAAAACCAAACCAAUCAAUUCGCAAGGUUUGCUUCCAAGUGAGCAAAAGAGGUGAACAGAAGUCUCUUCUUUUUUCUCGUUAUUAUUUUUCUCGUGUUGUUUCUGUUUCUGUUGUUGUUGUUUAUGGUCUUGGUGUUGUUGUUUAUGGUUAUUAUUUUUCUCGUGGUUAUUAUGGUUCUUAUCUUGUUUAUUAUGUUGGUUAUGUUGGUUAUGGUGUUGUUUAUUAUGUUUAUUAUUUUUCUUAUGGUUAUUAUGGUUCUUAUGUUGUUUCUUAUGUUUCUGUUGUUGUUGUUGUUUCUGCUGUUGUUGUUUCUGUUUCUGUUUCUGUUUCUGCUGUUGUUUCUGUUUCUGUUGUUGUUGUUUAUGGUCUUGGUGUUGUUGUUGUUUCUGUUUCUGUUGUUGUUGUUUAUGUUCUUUAUCUUGUUGUUUCUGUUUCUGUUGUUGUUGUUUAUGGUCUUCUUGGUGUUUAUUAUCUUGGUGUUGUUUAUGUUCUUUAUCUUGUUGUUUCUCUUGGUGUUUAUUAUGGUCUUCUUCUUGGUUAUCUUCUUGGUGUUUAUUAUGGUCUUCUUGGUCUUGGUUAUCUUGGUGUUUAUCUUGGUUAUCUUUAUCUUGGUCUUCUUUCUUAUCUUGGUCUUUAUCUUGGUUAUCUUGGUCUUCUUGGUCUUCGUUAUCUUGGUCGUUAUCUUGGUCUUUAUCUUGGUUAUCUUUAUCUUGGUUAUCUUGGUCGUCUUGGUCGUUAUCUUGGUGGUCUUCUUGGUCUUCGUUAUCUUGGUGGUCUUCUUGGUUAUCUUGGUCUUCUUGGUAUGGGCAUUAACGCGGAGAAAUUAGAUCAGUAUGAUUGUUGGUUUUCAGAUAGCGAUUUCGUGAUUUGA